AUGUUUCAACAAUAUCAAUUUACAUUGACACUCAAGAAAUUGAAUUUAUUGUGUACAGACCUAGAUAUUGGAUAUAUUAAUGUAGAGACUGAUAGACCAAUAUUUUCACACAUGGAUGUUGUGUGUCCCAACUUCACAUGUCCAAAUGUCGUUCAACCAGGUGGCAUCGAUUGCACAUGUGAUUAUAGUGAUCCUCUAGAUUGCCCAAAAUCACCAUCAGGAAGCUCUUGUCCUCCAUGUCCACUCACUCAAACACUUCUAAAUGGAACUAUCGCCACUGAAUGCAACCCUGGUUACAACUGGACCACCGUUACAAUUGGCAAGGAAUACUAUUUCGAAUCGACUGGAUCCAUUGUCUAUUUACGUCUCAAAGCCAAUGCAUCGAUUUGUCAAGGACUUCGUUUCUACACUUCUCAAAAAUAUGGCGAAAUCUCUGUCUAUUCAGGAAUACAAGAAAAGGGUUUUUAUCGGGGUGCAAAUAGAGGUUUAUUACAUCUAGGUUUUUGCCCUGGUGAUUAUUUUGGGUAUGAUUUUUGGACCAACAAUACAUAUUUCAUUCAAGUCACACCAAAAUCCGAAAAGGUUGCAUUUUCAUUUAUAGCCUACUCGGCAGAGGUACCAAAACAAGUGACCCAACCACCUUGUCAAAACACAUCAAAUCAGACUUGUAUUUCAAACGGAGGAAUCAUCGAAAACAAUGCUGCUCUAUUGUAUUAUUAUAUGCCAUUGACUGGUCCAAGCAAGCUCUCCAUCAGAUGUCCUAAUAUUUCUCCUGGAGCCCCACAACUUUAUCUCUCCACAAGUACUCAUUUCCCUUCUCAAAGUCUGAAUGAUUGGUACCAAUACAACAAUGGUGGUGAUUCAUAUCUUACGAUUAACAUUUUUCAAGAAAAGUACCUGUUUGUCACAAUUAGAAAUUACUUUGAGUUUGAUUAUUCAUGUACAUUUACAACUCACACUGUACCCAUCCUCCGUCCAAUCACUCAAAACUAUCCACUUGGAGCUUCCUAUUUAUUCUUCGAUUCAACAGCCCUCAAGACAGAGAAUGUGACCCUUCGCACUCAUGAAAUCUUUUUCAACUUUCCUCGUCAAUCCCAAAACCCUCUUUGGCCAGUUCCAAAUUUAAUCCUCGAUCAAGACUCACACAUGGAUUUUUUCCAAGAUAUCGACUAUGACCAAUUCGCAAGUGACAACCCUCCCAAACCAAAUAACUUCCAAGCUGCUGUUAUCUUGAAAAUGGGUGCACGUGCAUUUAUCCCACUGGAUUCUUUAUUAUCGGCACAACUUGCUCUCCGGGGAGAUUUUGUUGAUAUAGACGGCAAUCCUCUUUAUUUGGAUAAAGUUUCACUCAAUGUGACCACUCCUCAAUGUGAAUACUCUGAAUUGGAUUCAAUCAAGAGUCAGUUGGACCAACUCGAAAGUCAACUAUUCACAGCGUCUGGAUUCCAAGAAGUAUCAAAUAUUCGAUUUGCAAUUGAUAUAUUGACGGCUGAAGAUACAUGGGUUGGGUGUCAGGCAUUGGCAGAUAGUCUUUUGGAAACCAACACUGUCAAUAUCACUGCAAAUGCAACUAAAUGUCAAUUUUCACCUUUUGACACCUCGUACUACACUGAUCCUUGUUGUAGUCCAGAACAAAGUUUUUACCAGUGUUGUAUUCCACAUUUACAAGAGAUACCACAAACCACUUAUUCGGGUGUACAAAAAAGUCUAGUGGAAGAUCAAUGUUCAUCACCAGACUGCACAGCCAGUAUUCUUCAAGAUUAUUUCAAUGCAACAUCAACCAUGGCAAGUGAAUGUGAAUUGACAUAUUCAAGUUUCUCAGAUUACCAACUUGACAUUUACACAACACUAAGAAAUUGUAAGACUGCCUAUGACAUGAUCGAUUGUGACAAUGACACAAUGUGUGCACCAUAUCUUUGUGAUUAUUUUGCAAGAGAAUGUCUUAUACCACCAGAAAUACAAGAUAAUCAAUUUUUUAAUUGUGUAAUGAAUGGAUUAAGUCCAAAAGUAUUAUAUUAUCUUCAAUCAAGAUAUAAUAUUGCCUAUGAAAUCAAUACUCCUCAAUUUAAUCUAGAAUUGUUUAACAAUUUCCAGGUUCCUGAUUGUGCCACCUCUUCAAGAGGCUCAAUUUUAAGAAAAUGGUAUUAUUAUCAACUAUCUAAUCCAGAAAAAUUUUGUUAUCCAUCUCCAAAGUGCAAGGAUGCCAGUUGUUUAACAGUCUCUGAUGUUUGUUUCCAGUUUGAAUCGGGAUACCGGUUCUUUAGAGCUUCCAAUGUAGGGAUUUGCCCCAUAGCUGGAAUAUGCUCAGACGAAUCAUGCCAACAAACAUCUUUAAACAGCACUUGUCAAGUAGAUUGCCUAAAACGUCCUAAUUUCUGUGGCUAUUCAAGAAACAAUUUUACAAAUAUCAAUUUUCAAGUGUUGGAUCAAUCAGAAUGUCUGAACUCUAGUUCCAGUGUGUGCACCUUUGGCAGUCAAUACAUAACUGGAAUAUCUGAAGAGGAAUGUGAAAAUAAAGGCAUUUGCUCUUCAGACUGUGGAUACAAGUGCUCUGGUGGCUAUACAGGAUGCGUUCUGCCAUUGAUCAAAACCCAAACUGAAUGCUUUGCACAAAGUGGAUCAUGGGCACCAUCUAUUUCCGUAUGCGUUAAAGAGGAUGCUACAAUCCAAACAUGCCAACUCAUUCCCAAUUCAGUAUGGAUCAACUGUUCAACCAAACCAGUAUCCGAGUGUCACACAACCUUUGGAACGGGAAGUAUUUGCUAUGUGUCUGAGGUUAGUUGCCAAACCAAGCAAGAGUGUGAGAAUUUUGGAGCGUGCUCAGACGAAUACUAUUUCAAUCCUGUAAACACCCCAGACUACCCAGUUCUAUUAGGUAAAUGUGUACGUGGACAUGGUAAUUAUGCUGGAAUUGGUCAAGUGCCAUCUUGUAGCUUUCAAACCGAGAAUGAUUCGCCAAAAGGAUGUUUCAACUCUACUCCACAAGUAUUCACCAAACAGGAUUGUUUGGCACUCGGUCCUGAAUAUAAAUGGUGGGCUGCAACAGUUGGUAAAGAUGAAUGUCUUGCACAGAUGGGAUGCAAGAUCAUCGAUCAAUCAUCUUUUAACCUCCCAAACAACUUUAGAUUCAAUGAAAUGAAUCAAACUGCUUGUGAAGCUUGUCAUGUUGACAAGAGUUAUCAUGAAUGGACAAAUAUGUUUACUUGGGAACGCAACCGCUGGAUCCCAGGUAUUCCAAUCAAACCUACUUGGAUGAAACCACAAUUCUUCAAUUUGGGUAUUGUCAAACCCUUACUCGAUAAUAGGUUAUUCUCAAAUGUCCUCGAUGAAGCUUACCAAACCCAUAUAUCCGAUCUGCUAAGAUCCUCUUCACUCUGUAGAUUGGAACGUAUUGAAGACAGUCUCCAUUCAAUUUCUUGCUCGUGUGGUGGACCUGGGGGAGCACAAUGUUUCACAAGUAGUUCUUUGGUUCUUGGUCAAAGUUAUCCAUGUUCAAAAGAAGAAUCUGAAUUUAAAUUCUCUUAUGGAAAAAUUAUGUUCUCUAAUUCUUCUGUACCACAAGCUUGUACCAAUGUAGUUGUCUCUCAACUCUCCAAAUUAUUGUUCAAGUCAUCACAAACCGAAUCAUUGUCUUCCAGCUUUGUAUCGUACAAAAAGGUUGAUAGUUUUGCAAUCUAUAAUGACAAUGAUGCUGCUAUUGGUGUAUUGUUGACUGAUGGUGUCAAAUUACAAUCUCCAGGUGUCGAUCUAUUCACAAUUUGCUAUUCAUCACAAUCGAUCAGUCUCGAACAUUCUUCAUCCUAUCCAAUUCUCGAUAUUGUUGCUGAAAUGGAUCCAGAAAAAAUAAUGGUAGUAUUGAAUGUCGAUAUUUUCCAAACAACCGACCAAGUCACAAAAGAAAGCUACUAUUGCUCAGAGAUACCAUCAAUUGCCGAAACAGCCACAUAUUUCCUUGUUUCUCGUGUUGAAGAUUAUCAAGAUUUAGAAAAGGAAUUAUUUGACAAAGAAGCAACUGGACUCUUAUACACAUUGGCAGCUAUAUUCAUUUUCAAUGCAGCAUGGGGUGCAUUACAAUUGAUUGUUUCAGCAUUCAAGAUUUACAAAAAGUUGGACGAACCAAGACUGAUUCAUGCUCUAACCAUUUCAAUCACUAUAUUUAUGUUGAUUAGAGCAAUUUAUUUCUUUAUAUUACCAACUAAAAUGAUUAGUUCAGUUGGAGAUUAUAUUUUGGUUGUAUUACCUACGUUUAUCUAUUUCACAUGUUUUACGAUUAUCAUUGUCAUUUGGUAUAUGCUUGUAAAGGCAUACACUGGUUCAUUCUUUAAACGAAUUAGAUUGAUGAUUACAACGAUCAAUGGUGUUCUAUACGUGUUGUUUAUCAUCAUUGUAUUGGUAUUCCACUUUACACAAAAAGAAGAUAACAAUGGUGAUUGUGGUGGUCGUAUUCCAUUAGAACCAAGUACAACAACUCCACAAAGAGUCGUUUCAAUUGUUUAUGCAGUUGUACAAGCUGUUAUAUCAUUGAUUAUCGGUUCAGCAUUUGCAUACCUUGGUUUGACACUCUUCUUUAUGGUUCGAAAUAGAAAGGUUGCUUUGAGUGAAGAAAAGAGAGGUGAACAACAAAAGAAGGUGUCGAUGGUCACAUUGGUCUGUUCGAUUGGAUUUAUGCUUCAUUGUGUGUUUGUAUUGGUGUUGGUAGCUGCUGAACCAAGCAAUAUCGUAUUCACAUUUGUUGGUCUUUUAAUCACCGAAAUUGCACCAAUCUUUGCACUCUUGUAUGCCUACAAACAAGGAACUUUGUCAAGUAUUAAACAAGUCAUUGGAAUGAAGAAAUUAGGUUCCGCUUCAAGUUCAACAAAUUCUAAAACUCCUUCUUCUUGA